AUGUACGCCCUACCAGCGUUGCAGGAGCAUCAACUGGUGGCGUUGGGCCCCUACACCGGCUCAACACAGGUGCGCCACUGGGACCCGAACUUCUACUUUCUCCGCACGGACCCCAUGUCUGGCCUGUACGCUCAUGUGUGGUAUGCCACGACGUACCUGCGCGUGCUCCGGCUGGGCUUCAUGUACCUGACGGAUGUUGUGUAUGGAGACGACGAGUACGCUGCUGCGGUGAGUCUUCUGCGGGGCAUGGGCUACGCGCUGUCCGGUGUGUUCAGGCUGACGGGCGCGAGGGACUGGAGCGCGAGCGACGCUGAGUUCCAGGCGGAGUGGGAGAGGUUCGCGGAGACGCGCCCACAAGCUGUGAUCAUCUUCGGUAGGCCGUCGCCGACGACUGCGUUGUUCGUUGAGAAGAUGCUGAGCGACAGUCGUACAAGCACUGCGUACCUGCUGUCUCCACUUGGGAUCCAGAACACACUGAUAUCGAGCUGGAGGGCAGCUGUGGCAGCAGGUGCCCCUCUCGUUCCUGGCCGCGUCAUCACGACGGGGGCGAACCCACUGGCGACGGACACGCGGUACGAUGCGGUCAGGCGCUUCCAGACCGUGAUGGCGGACUACUUGGAGAAUAGUGGGCAGACGGACUACAAUGACUCACACUACUUUCUGACUGACGACGUUAUGGGGGAGACGAUGGUGGGCGGCUGGAUUGCCGGUGAGAUCCUCACGCAGAUACUCGCCUCGGCCGACUGGUUGAGGAGCCGAGAAGUGUUCGCCAGGGCGCUGUUCAACCAGCGGCGGUACGUGGUGGAGGACUUGGUGAUUGGCGACUUUGGUGGCGACUGCAGCGGCCGUGCUGCUUCGCAGGGCGCCACGUGCCGCUGCAACCAGGGCGGCCGAACAGUGCUGAUCAAGAUAUUCGGCGAAGGCUUUAGUGCCAAUGUAAUGCCUGAUGCCGAGUUCACGUACCCUCUGUACAACUGCUACCCCACAUCUAGGAGGUUGCUCACACCCAUCAACGCAGUGACGUUCGUGGCCACUGACAGCCGACGUGGACGUUACGGUAUGGGCGAGAUUUUGGGUGGUGGACGGGCAGCGUUGCCGCCGCCGCUUCAACGUGCUCGGGAAUUCACCUUGACGCCGCUGUCUGGAACGAAGAGUGAGAUUCGGGCUGCGCUGAUGGCCGAGAAGGAGGAGCGGCACGUGGAUAUCUUCGGGGGGUUGGUGCUUCCGCCGGCGUUUACUGUGCCGAAUUUGACCUUCAUCGAUCCGAUUGGGCUCUACAUGAUUCCACGCUUUGCGCUAAGCAACGCCUUCUACCUCUCCCCGACGCUCGACCAGGGGUUCUUCAGGCUGGCGGAGUUUUUGGUACAGACUGGUGUCAUGUCAGUUCAUGCCGUGAUGGUGGGUGAGGAGCUGGACUCUGUGGUGUCUGUGUUGCGCCGGACUCUCGUGACGUUUAAUCUCCAGCUGACGUCAUUGGCACUCUUCCCACCAGGAACCAGUGUGAUCCCUUCCAUGCCGAGGGACGGGUGGGUUUUCCUUGUCGGUAUCGAUACCGACGAUGCAAUCCCCAUGGUGAACCACGUUAAUGCCAAUCCGGGCCUGCGUGUUUUGAUACCCUUCUCUGAGCACAACACGCUGUACUCUCUGUUUGGCACGCUCACGGUAAAUACGACUACCGACCGCAUUAUCUAUGCAACCAGCCUUCCUCAUUGGAAUGAUCCCAACACGAAGAGCGAAGUUGUGCAGAAUUAUCAUGCGGCUGUCACUAAUGUGUCUCUGCGGUCGCCGCUUAGCCUACAGGGCUUCGCGAUAGCGCGUGCUAUAAUGGCGAUUGGGAGCGUGAUGGAUGUGAUCACCGCCGAACUCUUUGAAGAGACGAUAUACUCGCGAAUAGUUCUGACAGUGGAUGACAUGGUGUACGGCCCGUUCGCCAGGUCGGACCCCGCGAGGUGCAGCAAUGUGGUGCCAGGUGACUGCCUGGUGAACUACGGUGCUACUUCCAUUGCUGUGUGGUCGCUGUCGCGCUCCAUUGACCCAUCGGUGCCGCCGCUCUCACCGCCCAUGACACCGUCGAUGCUGUACACCGAGCCGGUGGUCACCGGGCUGACGAAGGCGCAGCUCAUUGGUGUAAUCGUCGGCUCGGUUGUUGGUGUGGUGGCGCUGAUCACCCUGUUUGUGGUCCUGCUGUGCUGCUGCAGCGACAGUCGUGACAACAACAACGCCCCGAAGGAGCCCACAGACCCCGUGACGCUUGUGUUCACUGACAUCGAGAGCAGCACUGCGCUGUGGGCUGCGUGCCCCGAGAUCAUGCCUGACGCUGUGGCGACGCACCACCGGCUGAUCCGGUCGCUGAUUGCGACGUACCGCUGCUACGAGGUGAAGACGAUCGGCGACUCCUUCAUGAUUGCGUGCAAGAGUGCGUGGGCCGCCGUGCAGCUUGCGCGGGACAUACAGCAGAUGUUGCUGCAGUACGACUGGGGCAGUGGUGCGAUCGACGCUGCGUACCACGAGUUCGAGGAGGGCCGUGCUGCUGAGGACGAGGAGUACGUGCCGCCGACUGCGCGCCUCGACGCUGCUGUUGUGUAUCAGGCGUACUGGAGCGGCCUGCGUGUGCGUGUGGGUGUGCACACCGGGCUGUCUGACAUCCGGCAGGACGAGGUGACGAAGGGCUACGACUACUACGGUGGUGCGUCGAACACUGCUGCGCGCACUGAGAGCGUUGGNUGCGUGUGCGUGUGGGUGUGCACACCGGGCUGUCUGACAUCCGGCAGGACGAGGUGA